AUGGAUCUAACAGCGGGGUUUGAGACGGGCUCUGCCCUUUCUCAGCCCUUACCUGUUGGAUCUAGUGCCUUAUCUCAGGGAGAAGCACGCGCUGCGGUUUCUUCUCCCCGGGAUGAGGCACAAAGUCUGCGACUAUCCAGUUCUGAGGAAUUGGAUGUCCUUCGGCUAAGAAGAAGUCCUGACGCCAAGACUGUCAGGCUUCUGAGGGUGGUCCCCUCCGGGGAGAAACGGUUUCGAGGAAUCGUUUCUCCUCUGCGCCCUCCGGGGGGCGACUCUCUGAGGGGAGUCGCAGCGCCGUCAGUUCGGUUGUUCCCUGCCGGUUAUCCGUUUCAGGGCACCGAGGUGUCGGCGUCCCCAGACGAUCCUCCGAGGAGGGUCGUAGAACAGUCAAGUCGGUUGUUCCCUGCCGGUUAUCUGCUUCAGGGCACCGAAGUGGCUCUUCAAUUAAAUCCAGAGGCCAGUCUCGAGAGACUGAUUAUACAAUCGGGUUACAGAAUUCAGUUCGGUUCUCGUCCGCCCAGGUUUAUAGGGGUUCUUCCCACCGUGGUGAACUCUGAGCAGGCUCUGGUCAUGGAGCAGGAAAGCUCAAUACUGAUCCAUUCUUUUCGGUCUGCAGGAAACAUUCUUUCUGAAGACGUUACUCUGACGUUUCCAAAAAACGUUGUUCAAGGAUCUGUCAGAUGCUCAGUUUCGGUCCUUGGGGACAUAAUGGGUCGUGCACUGAAGAAUCUGGAUCGGUUAUUACAGAUGCCGUAUGGCUGUGGAGAACAGAACAUGAUCGUUCUUGCUCCCAACAUUUACAUCCUACUGUACCUUGAAGUAACGGGACAACUAACCGCACCCAUCCGAGAGACUGCCACAGGCUUCCUUAAAAGUGGAUACCAAAGACAACUGAACUACAGACACAACGAUGGUUCAUACAGCACCUUUGGUAAUGAUGAAUCAAAUACAUGGUUGACCGCCUUUGUCAUGAGGUCUUUUGGUCUAGCGAGGCAGUUUAUCUUCAUUGAUCCACAUGUCCUGCAGAGUGCAAAGGAUUGGUUGAUCAGCAAACAGGGUUCAGAUGGUUGUUUCAUUCAGCAGGGAACUCUGUACCAUAGUGAAAUGAAGGGUGGAGUUGGUGAUGGUGUGACCAUGACUGCCUACAUUGUUGCAUCACUGCUUGAACUAGGUGUCCCCACCAUGGAUCCGGUAAUUACCAAUGGUCUGUCAUGCUUGAGGCCUGUCGUUGGGAACCUGGUAAACACUUAUGUAACUGCUCUGCUCGCCUACACCUUCAGUCUGGCUGGAGAGACCACCACUCGAUCACAGCUUUUAACUUCCUUGGACAACCUUGCCAUUUCUAAUGGUACUAAUCUCCAUUGGUCUCAGACGACAUCUGGUGAUACUCUGGCGGUGGAGAUCAGCUCUUACGUGCUGCUUGCGGUUCUCGCUGUUCAGCCACUCACAACAGCUGAUCUGGGCUAUGCUAACCGCAUUGUCAACUGGCUCGUGACCCAGCAGAAUCCCUAUGGAGGCUUCUCAUCCACCCAGGACACAGUGGUGGCUCUUCAUGCCCUCUCUGUGUACGCUGCUCAAGUGUUCAGCUUGGACGGCUCCAGCUCUGUUACCGUACAGUCCUCAGGAGGUGACUCUUAUAGCUUCAAAGUGAAUCGGGACAACAGGCUGCUGUAUCAGGAGAAGCGGCUGAAGAACGUUCCUGGCAAAUAUACUGUUAAAGUGUCAGGAUCCACUUGUGUGUCUGUGCAGGUUGCGUGUUUCUACAACAUCCCAACACCCGUUAAAUCUGCCAAAACGUUGAGUGUCAAAGCAAAUGUGAAUGGAGACUGCCAACAACUCGGCGCCAAUCUCAUGUUAAACUUCACAGUGAAAUACGAUGGUGUAAAAGCAAGCACUAACAUGGUUGUGGUUGAUAUUAAGCUCCUGUCGGGGUUCACGGCAGAUAAGUCACUGCUUGAAUUAUUUGACCCGAUAAUUGAGCGAGUUGAUAUUGAAGAUGAUCAUGUCCUGGUGUAUCUAAAAGAGGUUCCCAAAGGCGUCCCCAUGAGUUACACUCUGCAGCUGAAUCAGGUUCUUAAAGUGAACAAUCUCAAGCCAGCGGUCAUACAUGUGUAUGACUACUAUCAGACAAGUGAUUCAUUUGAGACCACCUACACGUCCCCCUGUCCAUGAUCUGAUUGACUCAUGACUUAAAUAAAACCGCUUUUAUUCAAUCAGUUCUCUUG